AUAAAAAAAUAUAAAAUUACCAUGCCUCCCUUUCCCAAUUCAAGAAUGGCUUUUCACCCACCUCCCUCUUUCUUCAGUCUCAUGCUCAACCCUUCUGCUACUACUCUGAAAAUAUCAGAUGAGUUUGUGACCAAACACUUGAAGAAUAAAAUCCCAAAAGGCCCAAUAGUUAUAUGUUCAAAUGAGGGGCAUUCUUGGAGAACAAAGAUCAAGAAAGUUGGUGAAAAUUAUUAUUUUGACAGUGGAUGGACUAAUGUUGUCAAAGAUGCAAACUUUAUGUUUGGGGAUUUUGUUUUGUUUACACUUGUUGAGAAAUACAAAUUUGAGAUGGUUGUUUAUGAUAAAAAUAGUUGUGAAAGAAGUUUGCCUAAGAAAGUUAAGGUUGUUGAAGAUGAUGGUAGCAGUAGUGUUGACAAUGUUGCUGCUAAUGUUCAUGUUGUUAAUGAUGAUGAUGAUGAUGAUGAUGAUGAUGAUGCGGAUGAUGGUAAACAGGAAGAAGAUGAUGAUGCUGUUGAUAUUGAUGGUGAUGAUGGCGAUCCUUUCUUUAUGUCGACUAUCUCGAAAGCUCACAGAACAAAUUUGCGACUUCCGGAUGAAUUUGUAAAGUUGGCCGGAAUAGAAGAUGUAAGAAGCAUAAUGUUGAAAAAUCUUGAUGGAGAAGAAUGGCGAACGGACUUGUGGCCAGAUAAAGUGAAUCAGUCGGAAAAUUUAUAUAUUUCAUCAGGGUGGGCUAAGUUCCAGCAAAGUAAUGACUUAUGGGAAGGAGAUGAAUGUGUUUUUAAGUUCAUCACAAGUGAAAAUAAGAUACUUAUAGCAAAAGUCACCAAGAAAAAAAGGCCAGCGAGGCAGUCACAACCACCUGGUGAAUGCUCCAAGACUGAUAGCGUGAAGAGAAAGAGGGGACGUGAGCUACAUGCACAUGGUAGAGACGUGGAUGUGGAAAGUGAAGAUGAGUACAUGCAAAUGGUGAAGAGAUUGUGUGGUAAUGAUGAAGAUGAAGAACAUGAAGAUAGUGAUGAAAUUGAAGAAGGUGAAGGUGAUAAUGAUGAUGUUGAUGGUGAUGAAGGAGAAGAAGAUUAUGAAGAAAAAGAUGGUGUUGAUAUCGAUGGCAAUCCUUAUUUUAAAAUAACUAUCCGAAAUGGCUACAAAAGUCAUCUGCGGUUCUCGACGAAUUUUGUGAGGUUGGCUAGAAUAAAAGCUGCAGGAACCAUAACAUUGAAAGAUCUUGACGGGGAAGAGUCGUCAAUGAGUUUGCGGUUGCAAAAAAGUAGUCACCCUACGUACUAUAUAUCGUUGGGGUGGCCUGCUUUCCGGCGAAGUAAUAAAAUAGCAAUAGGAGAUGAAUGUGUAUUCAAGUACAUCAUAAGUGAAAACAAGUUUUGUCUAGCAAAAGUUACCAAGAAACAAAAGUCAGCGAGGCAGCCACAACCAUCUGCUAAAUUAGUGAGGACUGAUUAUGUCAAGAGAAAGAGGGGGCGGUCACUGCAUGAAAACGGUCGAGAUAUAAAUGUGGAAAGUGAAGAUGAGUGUAUGGAAGUGAUGAAGAGAUUGCGCGCUAAUGAUGAAGAUGACGAACAUGAAGAUAGUGAUGAAGAUGAAGAUGGUGAAGGUGAUAAUGAUGAUGUUGAUGGUGAUGAAGGAGAAGAAGAUUAUGAAGAAAAAAAUGGUGUUGAUACCGAUGGCAAUCCUUAUUUUAAGUUAACUAUCCGAAAUGCCUACAAAAGUCAUCUGGUGUUUCCGUCGAAUUUUGUGAGGUUGGCUAGAAUAGAAGCUGCAGGAACCAUAACAUUGAAGAAUCUUGACGGGGAAGAGUCGUCAAUGAGUUUGCGGUUGGGGAAAAAUAUUCAAAAAACAUACUAUAUUUCAUUGGGAUGGGCUGGUUUCCGGCGAAGUAAUAAAGUAGCAAUAGGAGAUGAAUGUGUAUUCAAGUACAUCAUAAGUGAAAGCAAGUUUUGUCUAGCAAAAGUUACCAAGAAACAAAAGUCAGCGAGGCAGCCACAACCAUCUGCUAAAUUAAUGAGGACUGAUUAUGUCAAGAGAAAGAGGGGGCGAUCGCUGCAUGAACACGGUCGAGAUAUAAAUGUGGAAAGUGAAGAUGAGUGUAUGGAAGUGAUGAAGAGAUUACGUGGUAAUGAUGAAGAUGACGAACAUGAAGAUAGUGAUGAAGAUGAAGAUGAAGACGGUAAAGGUGAUAAUGAUGAUGUUGAUGGUGAUGAAGGAGAAGAAGAUUAUGAAGAAAAAGAUGGUGUUGAUAUCGAUGGCAAUCCUUAUUUUAAGUUAACUAUCCGAAAUGGCUACAAAAGUCAACUGCGGUUCUCGACGAAUUUUGUGAGGUUGGCUAGAAUUAAAGCUGCAGGAACCAUAACAUUGAAGAAUCUUGACGGGGAAGAGUCGUCAAUGAGUUUGCGGUUGCAGAAAAGUAGUCACCCUACGUACUAUAUAUCAUUGGGGUGGCCUGCUUUCCGGCGAAGUAAUAAAAUAGCAUUAGGAGAUGAAUGUGUAUUCAAGUACAUCACAAGUGAAAGCAAGUUUUGUCUAGCAAAAGUUACUAAGAAAAAAAAAUCAGCAAGACAGCCACAACCAUCUGCUGAAUUAAUGAGGACGGAUUAUGUCAAGAGAAAGUGGGGGCGGUCGCUGCAUGAACAUGGUGGAGAUAUGAUUGUGGAAAGUGAAGAUGAGUGUGUGGAAGUGAUAAAGAGAACAUGUGGUGAAGAUAAUGAUAAGGAUAAUGAUGAAGAUAAUUACAAAAAUAUAUGUAAUGAUAUAAAUGAUGAUGAUGAAAAUAAUGAUAAUGACGGUGAAGAUGAAGAUGACCGCAAUGGCGAUAUUGCUGGUGAUCCUUUCUUUACGCCAAUCAUCUCAAGACAUCGUACUUUGCUGCUUCCGAAGGAAUUUGUGGGGUUGCCUGGAAUACAUGCAGGUGGGACCAUAUUGUUGAAGAAUCUCAAAGGAGAAGAGUGGCAAAUUGGCGUGCUGUUGAAUAAAUCGUAUAAAUCGGAAAGGUACCUUUUGUCGGCAGGAUGGGUUGGAUUCCUGCGAAGUAAUGAUAUAUCAGCUGGUGAAGAAUGCUUACUCAAGUACAUCAGAAAAGAAAAUAAGUUUUGUCUGGCAAAAGUCACCAAGAAACAAAGACCAGCAUGGCAACCACAACCACCGGUUGAAGACAUUGAUGGCAAUCCUUUAUUUAUGCUAAUUAUAUCUGGAGAAAGUACUUUGAGGCUCCCGGAGAAAUUUGUGGAGUUGUCUGGAAUACAUGCAGAUGAGACCAUAAAGUUGAAGAAUAAUAAAGGAGAAGAGUGGCAAAUUGGCGUGCUGUUGGAUACACUGUAUCAUAAAUCCGAAAGAUAUAUUUUCUCAGCAGGAUGGCUUGGUUUCCAGCAAAGUAAUGAUUUAUCGAUUGGUGAUGAAUGCAUUAUCAAGUUUAUCAGAAAAGAAGGGAAGUUUUGUCUAGCAAAAGUAACCAAGAAACAAAAGCAAGCAUGGAGUCCACAGCUAUCCGGACAAAUACUGGCGACCAAAGAUGUCAAGAGAAAGAGGGGCCUGCCGCCACAUGAACAGGGUGGAGAUGUGGAUGUGGAAAGUGAAGAUGACUGUGUGGAACUGGUGAAGAGACCAUGUGGUGAAGAUGAUAAUGAUAAUGAUGAUGAUAAUUAUGAAGAUAAGGAUAAUAAUAUAAACGACGAUGAUAAUCAUAAUCAUAAUGAUGAUGAAGAUGAAGCUGAUGGAGGCAGUGGUGGCGAUAUUGAUGGCGAUCCUUUCUUUGCUUCCAUUAUUUCUAGACUACAUACUUUGCGGCUUCCGGGGGAAUUUGUGGGAUAUCCUGGAAUAAAUGCAGACGGAACCAUAAUGUUAAAGAAUCUAAAAGGAGAAGAGUGGCGAAUUGGCGUGCUGUUGGAUAAAACGUAUCUGAAAUCGGAAAGGUACAUUUUGUCGGCCGGAAUGCUUGAUUUUAUGCAAAAUAAUGAUAUAUUGGUUGGGGAUGAAUGCAUUAUCAAGUUAAUCAAAAAUGAAGGUAAAUUAUGCCUAGCAAAAGUCAGAAAGAAAUAUAGUCCAGCAAGGCAGCCACUGCCAUCAGGUGAAAUACUGGCGACUACUGGAGUUGUGAAGAGAAAUAGGGGGCAGCCGGUGGAAGUGGUAACGAGACUAUGCGGUGAAGAUCACGAUGAAGAAAAUGACUGCAAAAAUGAUGGCCUAGAUAACGGUAUCAAUAAUGGCAAAGAUAAUGAUAAUGAUGGUGAUGAUAACAAGCAUGGUGAUGUGGGUGAUCCUUCUUUUUCAAUGAAUGUAUCUAAAAGGCCUUUUUUGGUAAAGAUUGAAUGAACCUCUUACUGAUACUGCAUUGUGUUGAACUUUAUAUCAAUUUUAUCUGAUUGUUCAAAAAAAAAAAAAAACUCAAUUUUAUCUGAUAUAUGUUUUAAUUUGGGGGACCAUAUGUUGUUUUCUUUUGCAUAAAUUAUUAAUACCUGAUUAUAUUGAUUGAU